AUGGGGGCAGUGCUUUCGCUUUUGCAGAACACAUGGAGAGUCUUAAUUUCAACAAUUUCCGUUCUGAAAGCUUUGUCUACCGAGUUCAAUCAGGCUUUGAAGCGUGCAUCGCAGCCUCCAGGUCUCCCAGGCCCCAAACCAUCCCAGCCGUACUGGCUCAACGAUCCUCCAUAUCCUGAACUUGUUAAUGUAAGUUCGCCCAAAUUGCCGCAGACCGCAGAUGUGGCUAUCAUUGGUUCCGGAAUCGCUGGCGCUGCUGUUGCGCGGUCAUUGUUACACGAGCGACGCCGUCGUAACAUUUGUACGAAUGAAAAGGUGAUCGUUUUCGACGCGCGACAGCUAUGUAGCGGUGCCACCGCUCGAAAUGGCGGCCACAUCAAACCUUCGAUAUAUGAGUCCUUUUCUCGAUUCAGCAAGCUCUUCCCAAAAGAUCGCGCUGCUGCACUGGCGCGUUUUCAAUCUCUACAUAUCAAUUGUUUGAUCGAAUUAUGUCAAAGCCAAGACAUCAAUGCUGCCGAAGCUCGGAGGGUCGAGACUGUCGACUUUUUCCUGGAUGAGCAAAGUUUCUCCAAGGCCGUCGCCGAUAUUGACGAAUUGAAAAGGUGGUUGCCAGAGAUUGAGAUCGCAGUAUGGAAUGGGAAUCAAGCACAUGAGAGGUUUGGCGUCAACAAUAGCGUCGUCGGUGCUUUGUCCUACCAAGCAGGGGCCAUUUGGGCGUACCGAUUUGUUGCAUCUAUUUGGCGUGGCAUUCUGGACGAAUUCUCACAUAGUCUCUCUGUUGAGACGAAUACCCCUGUAGAGUCGAUAAGUGUUCCAAAAGAUGCCCCGGAAGGCUUCCCGUAUGCUUUGCGGACUAACCGAGGAACUGUAUUUGUCCGACACAUAGUUCACGCUACCAACGCCUUCGCUAGUCAGCUCAUCCCAGGACUACGCAGCAAGAUCGUUGGCGCACAAGCCCAUAUGUCUGCUCAACAACCAGGACAAAGUUUUCCAUAUGCUGAUGGCAUGCACUCCUGGGGUGUUGUUUACGGUGAGGGAUUUGACUACGUCACACAAAGGCCACCAGCCGUAGGUGAUUCCAAAGGAGACCUGAUGAUCGGAGGCGGUUUCCUGCGAUCGCUAAAGCAAGGUAUCGAUCAAGUCGGUCGAUAUGACGAUGGCUUUCCGCUCGACCCUUUGACCACUACACACAUCGCAGGCAUUUUUCCAGCGAUAUUUCAUCCAAAUUGGGGUGCUGGUGCCGAGUUGAAGCAAACCUGGUCAGGGAUCAUCGGCCUGACAGGAGAUUCCCUUCCACUGGUCGGCCGCUUGGAUGCAAAAUUAACAGGGCGAGAUACGAGACAACGAAAGCGGACGUCGAGUGAUAAGGACCAGUGUGGAGAAUGGAUUACAGCAGGUUUCUCUGGAGAGGGUAUGGUGUGGGCCUGGCUCUCAGGAGCAGCUCUUGGUAUCAUGAUUGCCGGAAGUGAAGACGACGAAUUACCACAGGUUCCAGGAAGGCCAGGUGGGAAAUUGGCGGAGUGGUUUCCAAAAGAACUAAUGGUGUCUCAUGAGAGGAUACGCAGUGCUGACGCUAGUAAUCUGGCUAGUCAAUCAUGA